AUGAAUCAAAAAUUAGAGCAACUUUUUCAAAAAAAGGUUCAAGGUGCAUCUAGUGGUAUCGGUUUAACGGUUGCAAAAAAACUCGCAGCAGCAGGUGCACAUGUACUUUUAGUGUCUCGUACUGAAGAAACAUUGAAAGAAGUUCAAGCUGAAAUUCAGGCUGAAGGUGGGCAGGCUGAUAUUUUCCCUUGCGACCUAAAUGAUAUGGAUGCUAUUGAUGAAGUGUCUAAACAAAUCAUUGCCUCUGUUGAUCAUAUUGAUAUUUUGAUCAAUAACGCAGGUCGCUCGAUUCGCCGCGCGGUACAUGAAUCUGUUGACCGUUUCCAUGAUUUUGAACGUACGAUGCAGCUGAAUUACUUUGGCGCAGUUCGUUUAGUUUUGAAUAUUUUACCGCAAAUGAUGGUUCGUAAAGACGGUCAAAUUAUCAAUAUCAGUUCAAUUGGUGUUUUGGCGAAUGCAACUCGCUUCUCUGCUUAUGUUGCAUCAAAAGCAGCAUUGGAUGCAUUUAGCCGUUGUUUAUCUGCGGAAGUACAUUCACAUAAAAUUGCGAUUACUUCAGUUUAUAUGCCUUUAGUCCGCACGCCGAUGAUUGCACCGACUAAAAUUUAUAAAUAUGUACCAACACUUUCGCCUGAACAAGCAGCAGAUUUAGUGGCAUAUGCGAUUGUGAAACGACCGAAGAAAGUUGCGACAAACUUAGGCCGUUUAGCUUCUAUUACUUAUUCGAUUGCGCCUGGAAUCAAUAACAAAUUAAUGUCAAUUGGCUUUAAUUUGUUCCCAAGUUCUACUGCGUCUGUGGGUGAGCCACAAAAAUUGAAUCUGGUACAAAGAGCAUAUGCACGUUUGUUCCCAGGUGAGCAUUGGUAA